AUUGUUUUGACGGUAGUAGGAACCACUUUUAAAGAACGGAGGGCAGCAUUAGCGUGACACCGUUACCAUGAAGACACAACCGAUACAUCCGGACGAUCCGUGAAGAAGGAUUGUUUUGGCGAUUUCCUUGUUUUGUUGCUAAAUUGGUUAGAUUAACUUGUUAGAUUUCGCCCACGAUAGAAAUAAUACACAGUAACAAAUACAAAUAUAUAUACUGUAGCGCUUAAUAUUAAGAUUAAAAACAUGGACUCUGAGUAUAUAAAGACACAUUUGGGUAAAUGUCUGGCAGACGGACUGGCUGAGGUGGCCGAGCAGCGUCCUGUGAACCCCGUCCAGUACCUGGCCCACUGGCUCUACAAGUUCAACUCAAAUGUUGUACAUGAGACGGAGAAAAAGGCCACUUUGGCGCUCCUGCUGCAGGAGCAGGCGAAGGCCAGAGAGGAGGCGUUGCACCAGGAGAAGCUGAGGGAGGAGGAGCGAAAGAUCAGUGAGGCCUUGGAAGAGUCAAAAACAAAAAUCUCUGAGAAGCAUGAUGAGCCCACGUCAGCCACAACAGGAGCUGCUGAGGACAACACGCCUGAGGCAGAAGAGAAACCAAAACCCUCUGAACCAGAAAACCAGCGGGACACAGACGAACACCAAACUGAAGCUCAGCAAAAGGAAGCUGAACCGCAGGUUACAGAUAAUGCGCCCAGUCCAGAGUUGCCCGAGAGAAAACCUGCUGAGGCCGGUAUCUCUUCCCUCCCCGAGGCCCUCAGCACCGAGGUCAAACAGGAGUCUGCAGAAAUGCCUGAUGAAAAAGACAAAGUGGAAGAAGAGAAAACAGAGGUGGAGGCGAGUGACAGUCGUGUGGAAGAGAAAACUGCAACCCCCAAUCAGAUAGAAGAGAAAGACGUUGACGAAGAUACAGAGAAGGUGGUUGAAGAAGCUGACCCAACUGAAGCAUUACGCUCGACUCCCAGCCAAGACGCUGAUGACUUAAGGCCAGAAGAGCUGCACGACAAACACAGCCCUCGGGCCCCUGGAGACGCAGAGAAGGUGGCAGACGGGCAACGCUCACCUGAGACCACUGAUAGCUCGGCUCCAGCUGACGGUGACGUAACAGUAGAGGAGACAGUGUCCAGCGAGAGACCACAAGAGGAGCCUGAAAACCCUCCUCCUGAUGCAGACCACAUCCAGGUAGACGAAGGAAGAUGAAGAAGCAGAUCAUUAGUGAUCAACAGUGUCGUCUGAUGAUCCUUCUUUUACGAAAAGUCUAAAUGAUUUUAUGGCUGCAGCAUGUGUGUAGUUUGAUGUAAGAAUAAUGAA